UGUUGUCGUGUAUUUAGGCCUAUCCAGUUCACAUCAUAAGUUUGCCGCGUCUGUUGGCCUGAGAAGCAAGUUUUCUUAUUGGUCAAAUAAUUCAUCUGAAGCUUACUUAUUGUCAGACGUCCUACCAGAAUUGCAAACUGCCAUGGUAGCCUGGGUAACUGUGCGCAUUUUUCUCCUGCUAGAAGCUUUCAUUCUAAACACUACAAGAGCGAUUGAUUCACUAAACAUGACAGACGUUACCGUUUCCUUUAUUGUGCCAGCAAAAUAUGCACCAGAACGUGCUAUUGAUGGUGAUUGGGAAACGUUCGCUGAAACAGUCCCAGAUGUGAACCCUGCAAUAAUUUUUGAAUUUCCAGAAUCAGUUCUUAUCACUCACAUCAGUUUUGUGAUGAAUCUUUCAUCAUCCUUUUUCCUAUCUUCUGUCCAGUGCGAUUUCGAAGAUCCAAGUAUUUGUGGCUUUGUACAAGACUCAUCGGACGAAUUUGAUUGGACAAGAGCAUCUGGAUCAACAUCUUCAAGCAAUACUGGCCCUUCGUUUGACCGCACAUACACAAAUCAAGGAUACUACAUGUACAUCGAAACUUCAAGUCCGAGGAUCUUAGAUGAAGUCGCUCGGCUUUGGACACCGUCAUAUCUUGCAACAAACGACAUGUGCAUCGAGUGGUUCUACCACAUGUACGGAUCCACAGUGAACACAUUAAAUGUGUACAUGGUCAAAGCCAACGGUACUGUUGAUGUACCUGCUUGGUCAAAAGCAAAUGAACAAGGCAACCAAUGGAUACCUGCACAAGUUGCAACAUCCGAGCCUGGUACUUACCAAAUAAUGUUUGAAGGAAUUGUAGGAAGCGGCGUAAGAGGUGACAUUGCUAUAGAUGACGUCAGAAUCACUGAUCGAGCAUGUACUCCAUCUCUUGUCCAGUGUGAUUUCGAAGAUCAAAGUAUUUGUAGCUUUGUACAAGACUCAUCGGACGAUUUUGAAUGGACAAGAGCAUCUGGAACAACACCUUCAAUUGCCACCGGCCCUUCAUUUGACCACACACACGGAAAUCAAACAGGAUACUACAUGUACAUCGAAACUUCAAGUCCGAGGAUCUUAGAUGAAGUCGCUCGGCUUCGGACACCGCCAUAUCUUGCAACACACGGCCAGUGCAUCGAGUGGUUCUACCACAUGUACGGAUCCACAAUGAACACAUUGAAUGUGUAUGUAGUGGAUAAUACCGAUAAUGUCAGUACACUUGUUUGGACAAAAACAAACAACCAAGGAAAUGAAUGGAUAUUUGGACAGGUCUCGGUAGCAACCAGUGGCACAUUUCACACAGUGUUUGAAGGAAUUGCAGGGGGCAGUUACACAGGUGACAUUGGUUUAGAUGAUGUCAGCAUCACCGAUGGCGUAUGUUUGGCAAAACUACGAGUUGGAAGUUCGGUUAACAUCAAAGAAAACACAUUCUGUGGUAAUAUAACGGUUGGUUCUAACAAUAAUGAGUACACAUCGAAGACUUCGUGUGUUGGAAAGUACUUGUCUUUUCAAGUGGAUUGUGCUAAUUGCUCUCUUCAGUUCCAUGAGCUUGUCUUACAUGCAUAUACAGAUACCCGGCCGAUUGAAUAUGAGGGAUACUAUCGUAACGGGAACUGUCACAUGAUAUUCAAUGAAACAGUUGAUUGGCUGUCAGCGCGUACAAAAUGUGAAGCAGAGGGAGAAUCUGGUCAUCUCGUUACCAUCGACUCAGAAGAGGAGAACAGCUUCGUUUUCGAGAUUAUCCGUCAUGAGGGUGUUUUGUCAACAUGGAUUGGUCUGAAAAAGGAGAAUUCUUCAAUUCAGUGGGUAGAUGGAGAGGGCAGUACAUUUAGUAAUCUCAACGAAGAAAACAGCGAAGAUGCAGAGGAUUGUGUAUCCAUGGGUAAUGACGAAUCACCAAAGUGGAAUUGGAAAAACUGUGCAAACUUUAAAACCGCGUACAUUUGUCAGAAACCAGCAUCGAACCGAGGGAUCGACUACAAGAAAUAUAAUUCUCAAAAGCGUAUCACAGCGGACAGAACGGCCAAGAAGUACGAUGGCGUCACAUCGUCUGGAUCGUGCUCGCUGUAUUGUAUGAGUUACACCGGGUGCAUCUCAUUCUCAUUUAGUCUGUUAACCAAUGAAUGUAGGCUAAGCGACACUAUAGAAAUUAACUUAGCGGAUGACCUUUAUGCUAAUUAUUUUGUACAGAAUCAUUUGUUUGAAAAGUGCAACUUCUAAAACAAAUAUGAAAUACUUUAUUAGUAAAGUUUUGUUGUAUAGGCUAUAUUUAGCCAAAUUUAGUAGAAAUUACUUUUUGUCAUUGUGGUGGUAGUUAUAAUAAUACUGUUCUGUCUGUUUUUAAAAUUCUAUUGAAAGAGGGUAUAAUACGAAGAGUAUAGAAAUGUUCCGGCAAUUCGUAUUUUACUUGUACACAAUGAAACGAAAAGCGAAAUUCUACCACAGGUCGGGCGCCCUAUUAGAAUUAGAAAAGAGUUCGAUACAACAUGGACGUUCGAUAUUAACGACUUAAGCCGGCCACUCACUGAGCACGAUGAAUCCAACUCCACUCCCUGUGAGCGCUAGACAACGCGAUGUCGUCUGCUGAUUGGCGGUGGCAGUACAAACGGAUCAUCAUUAAAAACGAUCUAUUGAGCGCGCGUCGUGGCGUCGCGUUUUAUAGAAUCGCGUCAGCCGAUGACCGUCGGGUGCAGUGUGAGUGCCCGGCUUUAUACGUGUAUAUCGUCUUUAUUGAAGGACGCCCUCUAGCUCGUGGUAUUAAUUUUCAAAGAUAGGAUUCCGUUUCAAAGAAAAAACCGAGACUCCAAUAAUGCAUAUAUAGAAACACACCUCAUAUUGUACCAUCUAUCUAGCGUACUAUUCCGAAGCACAGUGACUCUUGACGAAAAGAAAAAUUUAAUAUAUUGAUUUUUGUUGGAAAAGAAAAAUAAUGAGGCUAAAUUUUACAAAAGUAUUACUUAAUUAUGUAUAAUUGCAAUUAUAAAUUUACUAACAAAAUCUGUAAUUUUCAUUUUCUAUAAUUAUAUAAUUCUUACCUUUUCCCCUUUUCUUUAUUCCAUCUAUUCUUUACAUGUGUCUUUCUAUUCAUUUCUAUACC